CAGGCACAAUAGAGGCAUUUGCUCUCAAAGACGCUAAUACCGGUAUCCACAUCGAACCCACUUUAUCUUCUCACAAUUUUCAAAGCUCACAAGAGUCAAUCAACAAAACCAAAAACUACAAUGUGUGCACCAACAUCUAUUCCAGCCACCCCAACACCACUCCCCACCAUGGCGACCACCAAGUCUCGCAAGAGUGUCUCCUUUUCCACUGACGAAGUGGUGGUGGUGACAGUGGAACGAUUGGAUCUUGCCUUUUACUCUGCCGUUGACUUUGCUCGAUUCCGCGAAGAGAUUCUCGAUGAACGGGAAUUCAAAGAGAGGUAUGCCAAGAAGCAACACGAAGCCAGACGUCAACGAGGCUACAGCAUGAUGGGAGCCAAGAGACUCCAGCGCAACCGCGAAGGACGACACUCCAAGCAGUCUAUUCACACUAUGCGAAAUCAUGCACAGCAAAAGGUCCAAUAAGUCUAUUUGGGUCUCGAACGGUACUCAGAGCUGCUACCAACCACAGCUCUCAGUUACAAUGUACAAUACGCAUAGCCAUGCAUGAUCCUGCUACCAUACAAUAGAAUGUAAAUAAACGAAAUAAAAAGGAUAGAAUCAAAGCAAUC